AUGGUUUUGAUUUUUUUGGUUUGUGAACCAAAUCGUAAAACUCUGGAAAAACAAUCUGAUAUUGAAGACUUGCCUGAAAAAAGGAAUUUAGAAGAAAAAGAAAGUAAUUCUGAAAAAAUAACACCAUAUUAUUCCAGAUGCUCUCCAAAUGCGUUGUGUACUGACACUGAAGAAGGAUACGUAUGUCGAUGCAAGACUGGAUUCGUCGACUACUCCCCAAACCCUCAAACGUUCCCAGGAAUGGUUUGUAAGGAACUUGUGAACGAAUGCGCGAAUCCUCGACUCAAUCAAUGUGAUCGUAAUGCACAUUGUAUUGAUACAAUUGAAGGAUAUUCAUGCAUCUGUAAAUCAGGAUUCAUUGAUAUGGAUGAGUUUGGAAAUCCAGGAAGACGAUGUGAACAGAUCAAAACCAAUGACAAGUGCUCCGUUGGGAAGAAUGAUUGUGAUCGAAACGCUCGAUGCAUCCAAAUCGGCGAUGAUGAUUAUUCAUGUGCCUGUCCGCCAGGAUUCAAGGAUAAAUCUCCAUCUUCUUCUCGACCAGGAAGACUUUGUAUUCCCGUCAUUCCAGAGUGUGAUAAUCCUACUUUGAAUGAUUGUGACUCCCCGGAUCGUGCUGUUUGUACUGAUACAGAUGAUGGAUAUAUGUGUAGAUGUCGUCAAGGAUUCCUCGAUAUUUCUCCAAGUAUUUCUGUCAAACCAGGACGACUCUGCAAGCCACUUCAAAACGAAUGCGCUCUCGGAACAGAUGAUUGUGCAAGAGACGGAGGAAUCUGUGAAGAUACACCGGAUUCAUUCACUUGUCGUUGUGCAAUGAACUACUUGGAUGUAUCAUUCGAUCGUGUGACUCGUCCAGGAAGAAAGUGCAAGAGACUUAUAAAUGAAUGUCAAACAGGACAGAACGAUUGUUCGGAAGAAGCAACUUGCACUGAUACGGAAGACAGUUACAUCUGUGCUUGCCCCCAAUCUUAUAUUGAUUUGUCUCCAGACACUAUCAAUCGACCAGGAAGACGUUGCUUGUUGAGAAUCAACGAAUGCACAUCAAAUCGCCAUGAUUGUUCUCCAAACGCCGAUUGCAUUGAUACUCCUGAAUCUUACAAAUGUAGAUGUCGUGACGACUUCGUCGAUGAAUCCCCAGAUUCCUCUCGUCGACCAGGAAGAAUCUGUCGUCCCGCCCUUCUCGAUGAAUGCCGUGCUGGCAAACACGACUGUCACGUCAACGCAGUCUGCCAAGAUCUUCCACAAGGAUACACGUGCCAAUGCUCUCCAGAUUUCCUAGAUGUCUCCCCACAUCGGUCAACUCAUCCAGGAAGACUUUGUCAACCACGUCCAACACCUCCACCUCCAGAAUGUCGUCUUGAUGGUUCAAACCAAUGCAAAGUUCAUUUGAAUGAAGUAUGCAGAAUGAUCGGAGGAGAGCCGAAAUGCUCUUGUCCAGUGAACUACCAAAGAGACUCGUCUGGUUCUUGUUCAGUGAUCAAUGAAUGCUUGUUCGCUCAGUUGAAUGAUUGUCAUACUGCAGCAGAUUGCAUUGAUCAAGUUCAAGGUUACACGUGUCAAUGUAAAGACGGAUUCAAAGAUAUCGGAGACAGAAGGAGACCUGGUAGAAUGUGCAAACCAAUGGUGAAUGAAUGUCAGUAUCCACAUUUGAAUGAUUGUCAUCAACAUGCUUCUUGUAUCGAUUUGGAUGAAGGUUACGAAUGCAAAUGUAACCAAGGAUUCAUGGAUCAUUCUCAUGGAAGACCUGGAAGAAUUUGCAAGCAGCUAAUCAAUGAAUGCACGAGACCAAAUCUCAAUUCAUGUGAUAGAAAUGCAAGAUGCAUUGACAAGGAAGAAGGAUACGAAUGUGAAUGCAGAGAUGGAUUCAUUGAUGUUUCUCCAUCUUCUACACUAAAGGGAAGAGCUUGUCGUGAAUUGGUGAAUGAAUGUGCAAAUCCACGUCUCAAUGAUUGUGAUAAGAAUGCCAGAUGCAAGGACACAAUGGAUUCAUACGAAUGCGAUUGUCCAGUUAACUCAAAAGACAUUUCCCCAAGUCCAUCAUUUCCAGGAAGAGUUUGUCUCAUGUUCAUCAAUGAAUGCGAGUCCGGAGUUCAUGAUUGUGAUCCAUCUGCCACGUGUAGAGACAAUGAGCAAUCAUUCACUUGUGAAUGUCCAAACGGAUUCGUUGAUCGCUCACCAAAUAAAUUGGCUCGACCUGGAAGAGUUUGUGUGAAACUUGUGGAUGAAUGUCGUGAAGGACGUCACACAUGCAGUAGUCAUGCUGAUUGUCGUGAUCUGGAAGAAGGAUAUACUUGUGAAUGUCGUGAUGGAUAUGUUGAUCGCUCUCCAAAUCUUGCUAGUCAACCAGGAAGAGUUUGCUCUGCUCCAGAAGUCUGCCCACCAAAUCAUGAUUGCUCAUCUGCAGCUGUUUGUGAACCACUCGGAGGAAUGAAGUAUCAAUGUGUAUGUAUUCAAGGAUACGUUGAUCAAUCUCCAGGAAGUCAGAAAGGAAGAGUCUGUGUUAGAAAUAACGCUUGCCACGAUCCUCGACUCAACACAUGCUCUCGAAAUGCAAUUUGUUACGACGAGCCACGAGGAUAUCGUUGUGAAUGCAAACGUGGAUUCAUGGAUAGAUCACCAGAUUCUUCUCAACGUGGAAGAGUCUGUGAACCACCUCCACCACCAUCUCCACCACCACGUCAUCCAUGUCAAGAUCCAGAACGAAACGACUGUCAUCCAGCUGGAACAUGCCGUGCCACUGGAGCUCAAAGUUAUACUUGUGAAUGUCUUGCAGGGUAUGCUGAUCGAUCACCAAAUCCACUACAGAAGCCAGGAAGACUCUGUGUUCUCACUGAACCAAUCUGUCUUGAUCCAGAGCAGAACGAUUGUCAUGCUGCUGCAAUUUGUAGUGAGGUUAACGGACCAGAAAAGUAUACAUGCAAAUGUAGAGAUGGAUAUAUUGAUGAAUCACCUGAUCCACUUCGUCGUCCUGGCAGAAUUUGUAAGGGAAUGGUCAAUGAAUGUUUGGAUCGUUCAUUAAAUGAUUGUCACUCUCUGGCUGUUUGCAAAGAUCUACCAAACGGAUACACUUGUCAAUGUCCAAUAAAUGCAAAAGAUCAAUCACCAGAUCCAAGAAAACCUGGAAGACUUUGCUCUCUAGCAGUCAAUGAAUGUGCCAAUCCAUCAUUGAAUAGUUGUUCUGCAUUUGCUGAUUGUUUCGAUGAAGAAAACGGAUACAGAUGCAGAUGUCGUCAAGGAUAUCACGAUGAUGAUCCAUCUCAUCCUGGACAUAGAUGCUCUUUCAUGAUCAAUGAAUGCGACUCCUCGAAUCUUAAUGACUGUGACCGAAAUGCCAACUGCAUUGACACUGCUGGAGGUUAUAAUUGUGUCUGCAAAGCUCCAUACCGUGACGAAGGACCACCUCAAUCGCCAGGAAGAAUUUGUCGUCUUAAUGAAUGUCUCGAUCCAAACAGGAAUACUUGUGACCGCAAUGCUGAUUGUCGUGAUCUAGACUACGGGUACACAUGUACUUGUCGUCACGGAUUUUAUGAUCAAUCUCCAAAUCCUCAGGAACCUGGACGCAUAUGUAUCGAAUUCCAACAAGAAGAACAUAUCGAGAGAGUGAAGGUCACAAAAGUGCAAUCGGAAGAACCUAGAAGAGAAUUCCCAUGUGGAAGAGAUGAUUGUAUCAAGGCAAGAGGAGAAGUAUGUAUCAGUGGAGAAUAUUGUGGAUGUAAACCUGGAGAGGGAAGAUCUGCGAGCACUGGAAAAUGUCAAGCAGUUCAAGAGACUCCAUUUGAAUUGAGAGUUGUCACAAGAGAUCAGAGACCAUUGAUGUAUUCGACAGAGUUUGGAUCUCAGAAGAGUCCAUCUUAUGUUGAAAUAGUUGAACUUUUCGAGAAGAAUAUGGCAAGAACAUUCGGAGGAACGUCUCUUGCUCCACGUUAUGUGAACACUAAAGUAGACUACAUUACUCAUCCAAAGACUAAAAAUAGCUCUUGGGACCAAGGAUUGCUCUUCAAGUACGAAGUCCAAACUACAAAAUCUCAAAGCCAACCAAUUGAUGAAUGCGAGUUGUGGAAGCAGAUGCAAGCGUCUCUCGAUCGAACAAAUGGUGCAAUUGGAGGAGGAUCGUUGCGUGUUGCAUCCGAUACAGACCUUCUGAAUCCAUGUAAACAACAAGAAGAAUGGGGUCAAUGCGGAGGAAUGAGUUGUAAGGAACAUCUGAAGGAAGUCUGUAUAGCUGGUCACAUCUGUGGAUGUCCGGAUGGAAUGAAACGAAAAGAUUCGAACUCUGAAUGUCGCGUUGUAGAGAGUUGGAAUGUUCCAUUGUGGGUUGUUCGUGAUAAGGAGAAGCCAAUUAUCUUCAGUGAAUCAUUUGAUAAUCCACAGACUCCAGUCUACAAAGAUUACUCGAAACGUCUCGAAAAGGGAAUCGAAGGAUGUUAUCCACACACUGAACUCAGAAAUGCAUUUGUUACCGCUGAAGUCAAUGAUAUCGUCAACCCAGUCCUGAUGAAUGCUUCCUAUGAUACUGGCCUUCUUUUCAAUACAACUGUUCAUUUCCGUAAAGGAAUGGUUCAAGUUCCAUCGGAUGCCUACUAUCAACUCGUCAAGUACAUCACAAAGGAGAAUAAUAAUGAAGUUGGAGACUCGGAAUUGUAUCUCAAUCCAACACAGCCAGAUCCAUUCAAUCCAUGCUUCAAAAAUGACUGUGAUCCACAUGGAAAGUGUAUGGAAACUUCGAAAUACACAUACAAAUGCGAGUGUGGAGUUGGAUACAGAGAUAUCAAUCCGCAGACUCCUGGAAAGAAAUGUCUUCCAGUCCAUGGAUUCAAUGAAUGUGAACGUAAAGAAGAUAAUGAAUGCAGUGAAAAUGCCAGAUGUAUUGAUCUCGAUCAUCUCUACAAAUGCGAAUGCUUACCUUCUUACUAUGAUACUUCUCCAGCUGGAUCUGUUCCUGGUUCCCUUUGUGUCUUGGAUUACUGUAGUGAUGUCAACUUCUGUCCAACUAACACUACUUGCAAAAAUAUGGAACAACAAGCCGAAUGCAAGUGUGAUCCUGGAUUCAUGGACAUUCGAAAAUCGGAGAAGAGAGCUGCGUUGAUGCUUGGAGAUGAUACAUUGUGUAUGCAUGUUCGAGAUGUUGACGAAUGUGCUCUUGGAUUGAAUAACUGCUCAGGAGUUGCUCAUUGUAUUGACAAAGCAGUUGGAUAUACAUGCAAGUGUCCAGAUGGAUACAUUGAUGGAAAUCCAGAUGAACCGGGACGAGUCUGUGGAGCACUUCUCUGUGAUUUAUGCAAUGCUCAUGGAGAUUGUGUCCACAAUACAGCCACUAAUAAUAUCACUUGCGUCUGUACUGAUGGAUGGAGUGGAGCUCAAUGUCAAGUCGCUCCAUCGAAUGCUUCAUUAGUUCUUCUCAUUCUUCUUGCUCUCCUUUUCUUACUCCUCACACUUUGCUGUCUGUUAUACAUGUGUACAAAAUGUCAUUGUUUCAAGGGAAGAGGUUUCGCUGGAGCUGGAGCAAAUGGAUUCGGAUAUAGAAGAGGAGGGGCUUGGCCAUGGUCAACUCUUGAAGGAUCGUCAUCCUCUGAAUCAGGAGCUGGAGAGUUUUCUGGAAUGAGUGCUGCUGGAAAUGAAUAUUAUCCAGAUAUGGGUAUUCCAAGAGCAAAGCUGAAGUCGGGAAUGAUGGCAUCAGGAAAUACGACCGAGACUAGAAAUAUGGAAGUAGCCCGACUCGAUCAAUAUUUGGAUGAGAAUGCAGUCAGAAUUCCACGGGCUCAUUUAGUUGAUGUUCAUGGAGAACACUCCUUCGACAGCAUGUCAGAAGCAUCUUCUGAAUAUACAAUCAAAGAAGAAAUCGAACGAAAGGUGACCACUGAUGUGACAACGAAAGAAAUCAAGACAACAACAACUACUGACGAGCAAGGAAACACCGUUGUCACAACUACAGAAGCCGUCCAUCCAAGAGACACGACUGUAAUUCAUGGGGGAGCAUUUAUGCAAAACGAAUCAAGCAGUUCUUCAUUCUCCGGUGGUGAGAGAAUGUAUCAAUCUCAAUCAUCACAAUCUCAACAACAGCAACAAAGUAUGGCUCAAAGUAUGGCACAGAGAGCAACUUCAGCCGGAUAUUCAAGUUCUGGAAUGGAUAGUUCAGCACAUAACAGUGGAUAUGCCAGUAUUCGACAUACUGGAGAGAGAGAGCGUGGUGACAGUGUUGAAGAGUUUUCAAUCGGCCGAGCACGUGGAAUGACAGCUUCACGUGGAUACGAGCACACAAGUUCUGAGAAUAGAGAAGUCGAAGAAUACUGUUCAGAAGAAGAAGACGUCGAGCAUUCAGUAGGAGAUAAGAGAACAGUUGUAACUAAGAAUCACAGUUUUGAACCUUUUGCCAAUGGAGAAUCAGAAAAGUUUAAGACAGAAGUUGUCACUAGCCAAACUUCAACUCAUGUAACCAAGAAAUAG